AUGCAUCAACCAAGCUCUGUUUGCUCUCCGGACCUGGUCAAAGAAACCUGCAUCUGUGUGGAACUUCUAAACAGGGAAGCCGAGCUUCGUAAAGAAAACUCUGCUAUGUCUGGAAGCAGCAGUCCAGAAGAUGUCUUCAGUCCCAGUGAAACACAGGCAGUAUCGGUUUGUAUGGACACCACCAUACCUCCAGGUGACAGCAUUCAAAGACGGGCUUAUAUAGAGUCUUCACUUCUGAAGCUUCCCACAGAAGAGUGCAUUGGGAACCAUCAUGCACCUUUCCAGUUUGACCGGCAUGCUUUGGCCAGAAUUUCCACUUCUCCAACUUUAAGGCGUCUAAGGAUGGCCUCUGCCUCACAAGCACUGUCGUUUCAGGAUUGUUCUGACACAGCUCGGUUGGGAAAUCAAAAGGAAUACACUGGCUCUCUCCACCACAUUUGUAAGAGUCCACUUCGGUGCACUACAGCUUCCUCAUCGUCAUUGCCCUCUUGCAUCCAUGCAAAAUUGCUGUCUUCCAAAGCCAAGUCUGAGACAACUAUACCAGAUUCAGGGUCUACCUGCCCCAGAUCAAAGCUACCAAGCCAAAAAGAUCCUCUCUGCAAUGGCAGUCCCAAUAAGACACUCCAAAACUCUCGGAGAGCCAACUCUGCUACGCUGCCUAGGAGACUCCUCCAUCCCAGCCCUACACCACAGGAGGGUGUUCAG